UAUAGUAGAAUUAUAAUUAUGAAAAUAGGGAUAGUAAUGUGAUUAAUAAUAAUAAUGGAAGUAGCAGUGGGUGUCAGUCGGCUCACAGCAGGAGGCACGACUACGGUCCACGUACCACAACGAUUCAUGGAAACCUGCAGAACGAGAAAGCAAAAAGGGCUUCAGGGUGGAAGUAAAGCUAAAAUAUAUAGCAUAUCUAUCUAGGGGCUGGACCAAGGCGAACCUGAGCCAGCCCUAACUAUAAGCGCUAUCAAAAAGGAAGGUCUUAAGCCUGCUCUUAAAAGUGGUGAGUGUGUCUGCCACCCGGACUGAAACUGGAACCUGGUUCCACAGAAGAGGAGCCUGAUAACUGAAGGCUCUGGCUCCCAUCCUACUUUUAUAUACUCUAGGAACCACAAGUAACCCUGCAUUGAUGGAGCGCAGCUCUCUAGUUGGGUAAUAUGGAACUAUAAGUUCCUUAAGAUAAGACGGUGCCUGGCCAGCUAGAGCUUUGUAGGACGCACGGCUUCUCCCUCUGAUUGAUCAGCACUCUACUUCUAGCGAUGGAGCCAAUGAUUAGACGCCAGAAUUCUCAAAUUCUUGGUGUCCAUUCGACACCCAGACCCCUACAGAUGGAGAGGGCCUAUGCCCACAGUGUGAGCGGAGGGGCGGGGGGGCAUGGGGUCAGGAUCUCCACAGGCUACGGCACGCGGGUCGGCAGCAGCUUCGGGGGUGGGUAUGACUACCAGUCCUCUGGGUCAACCUCUGGAACCAUCAUGAACGAGAAGAGCACCAUGCAGCACCUGAACGACCGGCUGGCCAGCUAUCUGGAGACGGUGAGGAGCCUGGAGAAGGCCAAUGGCAUUCUAGAGAUCAAGAUCAUGGAGACCAUCGAGAAGAAAGGCCCCUUGGAUGGAAGGGACUUCAGCAAGUACAACGCAAUCAUCACGGAGCUGAGGGCCAAGAUAUUAGACAUGGUCCAGGGCAAUGCUCAUCUUGCUAUUUCUGUCGACAACGCAAGACUGGCUUCCGAUGACUUCAAAAUGAAGAUGGAGUACGAGAUGUCCUUGCGUCAGGCGGUGGAGGCCGAUGUGUCUAGACUAAGGAGGCUUCUGGAUGACACCAACGUUGGUCGCCUGCACCUGGAGAGUGACAUUGAGUCUCUGAAGGAAGAGUUGAUCAACCUGAGGAAAAACCACGAGAUGGAUCUUGCUGAAUUGCAUGCCCAGAUCACCCAGGUUGGCGUCCGUGUGGAUGUUGACGCUCCUAAAGGACAGGACCUGGCCAAGAUCAUGGAGGAGAUGAGGGCCAAGUAUGAGAAGAUAGCCCAAAAGAACCAGGAGGAGCUCAAGAAAUGGCAUGACUCUCAGAUCACAGAUGUGCAGUUCCAAGUGACUGAGAGCUCAACAGCCCUGAAGGAAGCCACAACUGUGAUGUCUGAUACUAGGAGGAGGUGUCAGACAUUGGAAAUUGAAAUGCAGUCCGCACUUAGUCUGAAAGCGUCCCUGGAGGCCACCCUGCGCGACAUCGAGAUGCGCUACAACAUGGAGGUAGAAAAGUACAACGCCGUCAUCCUGAGGCUGCAGGAGGAGCUGACUCGCAUCCGUACCGACAUCCAGCACAACACAAGGGAGUACGAGAACCUUCUCAACAUCAAGGUGAAACUGGAGGCCGAGAUCGCCGAGUACAGGAGGCUGCUGGACGGCGAGGCCAACUUUAAUCUAGAGGAUGCAGUUGAUCCAAAGAUGGUCCAGACCAAAGUGGUGACAGUCACUCAGACUCUGGUGGAUGGCAAAGUGGUGUCAGAGAGCAAGGACGUCAAAUCAAGUGAAAAGGUUGCUAAAAAUUAAAAACUGAUUGAGGAAACCCCUUUGUAGCCAAAAAAUAAACUGAACAAUACAAAUAUCAUUAUG